UUGAAAAAAGUCCUUAUUGAUCGGCUUUUCACGAAGCCUGUAAUUUAAAUUAUUUUGGAGGAGUUUAGUAAGGAAUAAGUAGACACAACACGAGAAGCAGACGAUAUCAUCCAUUCACUGAAGCUCGAAUCAAAGGUCCUGCGAUGGUGUUUAAUAUUUAUGUUGAUGCGUUUGGUGACUACGUUGACCAGAUUCUAUGGUCAAGAUGUCAACUUUUUACUCUCGCAGAGAUUCAAUCGGCAACCAACAACUUCGACGAGACUUUAGUUAUUGGUCGUGGAGGAUUCGGCAAGGUGUAUAAAUCUUCCACCAAUAACUUGUCAGAAGGUGAAGUUGCAAUUAAACGAUUGGAUGCCACGUCCACCCAAGGAGCCCAUGAGUUCGAAGCAGAAGUUGCAGUCCUUUCUAAGCUCAGCCAUGGUAGCCUCGUAUCCCUAAUUGGUUACUGCAAUGAAGAAAAAGAGAUGAUCCUGGUUUAUGAGUUGAUGCCGAAUGGGACACUUGAAGAUCAUCUUCGCAAACCUGAUUGUUGUUUAUCCUGGUUACAACGACUUGAGAUAUGCAUAGAAGCAGCUAAGGGUUUAGACUACCUUCACUGGGUUACAUCAACUGGAGUCAUACACAGGGAUGUGAAGUCAUCCAAUAUUUUAUUGUUAGAUGCAAACUUUAAUGCUAAGAUUUCCGACUUUGGAUUGGCUAAAACUUGUUCAAUAGAUCGAACUCACGUGAGCACCGCUGCGAAAGGGACAUUUGGGUAUGGAAAAUUGACGAGAGAAUCUGAUGUUUACGCGUUUGGGGUUGUGCUGUUUCAAGUUUUGUCAGGGAGAAAAGCGGUGGACAGAAGCCUUGAUGAUGAAGAGCAAUGGAGUUUAGCAGGUUGGGCUCAAGAGCAAAUCAAACAGGGAAAGGGAAAGGGAAAACUCGAUCGUAUUAUUGAUCCGAGACUGAUGGGGCAAAUCUCCAAAAAGUGCUUGAAGGAGUUUGCAAGCUUAGCAGGCCAUUGUUUGCACACGCAACCGAAAAACCACCCUACCAUGACGGAGGUUGUCAUGAAGCUCAAGUCUAUUCUUUCACAAGAAUUAAAAAGCAAAAGGGACAAUUCUGUUAUUGAUGAAGAGGGAAUCAUUAAGAAGCUAAGAUCUAUUUUCAAAGGUACAAUCUGCUUUGAUUCAACUUGAUGCUGCAAUAGGAAGAAUACAAAUCAAAAUACCUCAAAGUCAAUCUCCUUUGGUCCUGGAAGAUUUUGGCAGGGUAUCCGCCUAUACUCACCCCUAGAUUCACAAGGUUGACAUGAAUAAUGUCUUUCUUCACGGUCAUUUACAAGAAAUUGUCUUUGUGCAUCAGCCACCCAGGGCCGGUCCAAAUGGUGGGCAACCUGGGUGACCGCCCAGGGCCCACGUCUCUGUAAAAAUCUUUUUUUAAUUAAUUUUCUUUCGUGGCUAAUCAUAUAAGAAAACAUGUCAUCUCGUAAUUCAUUACCAUUAAAUAAAUUUGAUCGAGAACUAAGCGACAAGAAAUUGUCAGAAAAAUCCUAAUAUUUUUAAAAAAGUUUCAUUUUAUUCCCAAUUUUUUUUUAACAUAAAAGUCCCAAUUAUUUCAUUUUGACUCAAAUUCACAUUUUUUUUUCUUUUAACAGGAAAUGACAUAUUAUCGUGUAAAAUCAAAUAAUCGAGACUUUUCUGUUCAUAUUUUUUUUUGGACUAAAGUAAAACUUUUUUGAAAAUAUUAGAACUUUUCUGACAAAUUUCCACUAAGUGACUAUCCAAAUAGCCAAUAAAAAAGUUGAUACUUCUUUUAAAACAAUUAACAUAUUGCAUAAAAGAUGGAGUACUCGCCACUACUCUAUAGAAAUUGAGACGACUUAACCUUGGUCUGCAAGAAUAUCAAGGAAUUAUCACAAAAAAAACUUUUAAAAUUCAACAAUUUGAAUUCCAUCUAGUAGCCAUGUCUUAGUGUCUCCAUCCUACAUUUUUGGAUGGGUUCCAAACUUAUAAAAGAA